AUGGCAGCACAGUAUGGAAAUGUCGUCAUGCCGAUGCCGGAUCCACCUUCACCUUUGCCUACAUCAGCGCCUGUGGCAACCAGUGGAGCUCUGGAGGUCGCCGGUGUGAUCGAUAUUUCCUCGGAGGAUGAGCAAGUCCACGAUGCCUCCUCUGGUAACACAGGGAGUAAUGCCCGGGGCAGCCAAGAAACACAUGCAUUGGCGGGCUUGGAUGCUGAUGAGGAGAUGGCGGUAGCUGAAGCUGUGCAGCCGUGCUGGCCUAACACUGCAUGCUCGCCGGACCUCUAUGCAAUGGAUUGA